CUCCAAAUCACUCCGCACCACACGAGAAAGACUCAAAUCCCAAUGGCCUCCACUCCUCUCUUCCUCCUCCUCAUCGCCGCCGUCCUCUCGCCGGAAAUUUCGGCUCAGCCGGCGGCUCCUGCCCCAGGACCUGCCGGACCGGUCAACCUCACGGCGAUCUUGGAAAAAGGAGGUCAAUUCUCCUCCUUCAUCCACCUCUUGAACACUACCCAGGUGGGCAACCAAGUCAACAUCCAGCUCAACAGCUCGUCCGACGGCAUGACCGUGUUCGCGCCCACAGAUAACGCCUUCCAAAACCUUAAACCCGGAACCCUAAAUCAUCUGAGCAUCGAGGACCAGGUCAGGCUCAUUCUCUACCACGUGACCCCGAAGUACUACACUUUGGACGACCUUCUGUCCGUGAGUAACCCCGUCCGGACCCAGGCUUCCGGCCGUGACGGCGGCGUCUACGGACUUAACUUCACCGGACAGGGGAACCAAGUCAAUGUCUCGACGGGCGUUGUCGAGACGAGGAUCAACAAUGCGUUGAGACAACAGAUGCCACUCGCUGUCUAUGUGGUCGACCAGGUUUUAUUGCCGGAUGAGAUGUUCGGAGAUAAUAAGAACAAGACUUCUCCUCCGGCGGCUUCGGCCCCUAAGUCUUCGUCCACCGGAGACGCAAAUGCCACCGGAGAACCCAAGAAGACGCCGAAGUCGUCGGAAAAGUCUGGUUCCGGCGAGAUGAAGAACGGACGGCUUGGGUUUGCGCUUGGACUCGUGGUGGUGUGCUUGAAGCUUUUCUUUUGAUGUUUCGGAGUACAGUUCGAUUUGGUUCGAUUUUCUUUAUGCGGGUUUGUUUCGGAAUUUGUUGAUUAUAUUUCUUGAAUGUACUACUCUCAGUGGUACUCAUAAGCGAAUAUAAAAAAAAAAAUUGUCUGCAUAAUUACAUAUAUGUAUACAUUGGUGUAUUUCAGAUCUGAGGAAAUGAACGUCACGUGCCACAUGGGAUUACGAGGAACA